AUGUCAAUCCUUGUGCGGCCUCCUAAACGCCGGCUAGACGACAUUGAGGCUCUUACAGACCAGAACCACCGCCGAUUUUCACGAGGCUUCAGUCAGGGAUCAGGCAAUUCUUUAGGGAUUAAUGGGUAUUCGGAGGCUGACUAUGGACUCCUUGAAGACCGCUUGGAGGUAUCUAGGGAUGGAUCUAGGUUUGCGCCCCGAUUCAGGGACUUGACAUCACCCUCUCGCUUCGAAGAGUCGCUUCAGACCCAGAGGAAGUUUUCUCAGAAUGCGUCGAUCGUCCUAAUCGGUAUACGUGGUACGGGCAAGUCAAGUCUUGCGGUGAUGCUCGCUGCAACCUAUGGGAGACGUUUGAUUGAAGCAGACCGAUACUUUCAGCAGGUGACAGGGCGCUCUCGUGCCGCCUAUAAAAAGGAAUACACCCCUCCACAAUACCGUCGACAAGAGGCUAUUGUGAUGGAAUCUAUGCUCAUGGACCAUCAACACGAUUGCGUUAUUGUCUGUGGAUCGGGCGACGUGGAGCGCAAUGGACAGAUCCUGCUCAGAGAAUAUGCGAAAACCCACCCCGUUAUCCAUAUACUUCGGGAUUUAGGAAGCAUCAAGUCUUAUCUGAGAACAUGGGAUACUGAGAAGGUCCGUCGAUUACUUAAGUUGUCCGGUCCGAUCUACCGAGCAUGUUCAAAUUUUGAAUUCUUCAAUGUCUCCGAGAAAGGCAUUGGAGAUCAAACACUCGGCAAGGAUAGCCAACACUAUACUCAGUGGGAUGCGGAGGUGGACCAGCGAGCUCAAACCUCAGCUCCGUUCCUGAUGCUCAAGCGGCUGCAGCGCGAUUUUCUCCGCUUCGUGGCGUUUGCUACUGGUAAUAUCUCCGAGUUGAGGAACCAACUUUCACCAUUCCCUCUACAUAUGCAGCCGAUUGAGUCCCGCAAAUUCACAUAUGCCGCUACCGUGCCAAUAUCCUCCCUUCUCGAACGCGAUUUAGAUAUCGAAGAGCUGGAAUCAACCGCGGAUGCUUUUGAGCUUAAGAUUGAUGUGUCCGCAACGCCGUCUGCUCAACUAGGGACUGAGUCGAAUCUCAUGGACGGUAUUAGUCAAAUUGUGGCCACAGUGCGACGCAACAUAAUUGUCCCUUUGAUAUAUCACGUUGAUCGCAGGGUCGUUUCGGCUAAUCAGCAUACCGAACCCUCGCGGCGUUCAGGAGCAUCUUACCUAGAACUAGUGCAGCAAGGUCUACGCUUGGGACCAGAAUUUGUGACAGUCGAUCUAUCAUUCGAGGAUAGCCUUUUGUCUCAAAUCAUCGCCUCAAAGGGCUCAACCAAGGUCAUCGGGCAUUAUUCAGCCGACCAGUCCCUUCCUAAAGGUUGGGAUGAUCCUGAGUACUUCUCAAUAUAUGAGCGGGCGAAGCGGCUUGGAUGUGAUAUGGUUCGCUUAACGCAACCCGCAGCGUCAAUUGAUGACAACUUCGCCGUUGAACGCUUCCGCCACCAGGUUAAAACUCUUCCUGGGUCACAGUUGCCUGUCAUCGCCUAUAAUUCUGGCCCCCUAGGCCGAAAAUCAUGCUGUUUCAACCCAAUAUUGACACCUGUGAUCUCUCGGCCCCUAACCUCUGAAGCUGUAACGAAAGAGUUGCCGUCUAUCACUAUAAAAGAAGCGCAAGAUGCGCUCUACUCCUCAUUUGUGCUAGAUCCUAUGCAAUUCUUCGUCUUCGGUGCCAACACUACUUAUAGUUUGUCUCCGGCAAUGCACAACGCAGCCUUUGAGAUGCGCGGCAUGCCCCAUACCUAUCGAAUUCAUCAGUCGGCGACGUUGCGAGGACUCAACGAGCUAGUUGAGAAUCCAAACUUCGGUGGGAGUAGUGUCAGCCUGCCAUAUAAAACAGAAGUAAUUCCUCUCCUCCAUUCGAUGUCUCCUCAUGCCCGUGCUAUCGGGGCUGUCAACACCUUGAUCCCUAUUCGUGACCUCGAGACCAGUACGGAUAAUUCUUUGGACAUGGAAAAAAGUCGAUCAGGACCGAUCAAGGGUUUGCAUGGAGAUAACACAGACUGGAUUGGUAUCUGCAAUUGCAUACGGCGAGGACUGUCUCCGGCCAACGCCAUCCGGCCCUCCACAACGGGGCUGGUCAUUGGAGCCGGUGGAAUGGCCCGUGCCGCGAUAUAUUCUAUGAUUCAUUUAGGAGUCCAGAAUAUCUUCAUCUGGAACCGUACGUUUGUUAAUUCCGAAAAGCUAGCCCAGCAUUAUAUGCGACUGAACCUUCACACCCUUGGUAGAAGCGGACCAUCCUCCAACUAUCACAUACACGUCUUGGAGUCUUUGCAGAACAGCUGGCCGGCCAACUACAAGCAACCAACCAUAAUCUGCUCAGGUAUUCCGGCGCACCGGAUAGGUGACCAACCUGCACCAAACUUUCGGCUUCCUUCGCAGUGGAUCGAGAGCCCUACGGGUGGAGUAGUCGUAGAUCUCGCCUACAAACCGCUCAACACUCCCCUCAUGCGCCAGAUCCGUUCUCUAUCCCAUCGUGGCUGGGUCGCUCUCGACGGUCUGGAUGUCCUCCCUGAGCAAGGAUUUGCCCAAUUCGAGCUCUUCACCGGAUGUCGCGCUCCCCGACGACUAAUGCGCACUAUCGUAUUGCAAGAGUACAAAGAAGAGGAGCAGGACGCGGAUUAUGAUCUGCAAACUCGGCUUGAGAAUCUCGAUGGGCAACCUAUGUGA